GCAGGUGAAUCGCUCAGGCUGUCAUGAUGAAGACGGAACGAUAUUCUACUGUCCCCAGCAAAGACACACAUGUUGACAUUAUCAACAUCAAAGGCAUUGAAGACAUCGGAUACGUGCAGCAGGACGCCAUCACAGUGGGUUAAUAUCAGGACGUGGACUUGGAGCAUCUCAGAGCAGGAGAUGAAGUGAAGAUGGCUGAGGAACAGAGCGAGGCUGCCAAGACAAGACAUUUCUUAAAGGAUGUGAUUUUUCAUGGCAAAUUUCAACUGCUGAAUUCUCUGACUCGGGAUGAGAGCUCACGCUGUCGUUUCGGUCAGUACUUCCACGACGGAGAGCGGCGUGUGGAUUACGUCCUCACCUACCAGAUCAAAAAGCCGGGCAGCUCGCGUCGCCACUCGUCCCGUUUCACGGACAACAUGCUCACGCGCAGCCUGCGCCGGGCACGUGACCCUGAACCGGGCGUCACCGAUCACCAUGACGACGACAAGCGCAUCCGGCGCGAGGAGUUCGAGGCCAACCUGCAGGAGAUGGGGCUUGAGCUGGAGAGGGACGAGGAUACUAUGAUCCCCGGUGUGGGCUUUGUGAAGAUUCAUGCUCCGUGGCAUGUUCUUUGUCGAGAAGCAGAGUUCAUGAAGCUGAAGAUGCCGACAAAAAAAGUGUAUGAGGUGAAGCAUAGCGGAAGCGUCAUGGAGAAAAUCAACGCGUUCAUUUAUAAAAUGACGGAUCCUCUGCACCCGAACGUGGAGGAGAACCGGAUAGAGAACGUGAAGCACCUCUCAUACCCGUUCUCCAGAGAGAAACAGCACCUGUUUGAUUUGUUGGACAGGGAUUCGUUUUUUGACAGCAAGACAAGAAGUUCAAUAGUGUUUGAGGUUUUGAAGAGGACAAAAUGCACAAAGUCGCAGUUCAGUAUGGGAAUAACGAGUCUUUUGGGCAGCGGUGCAUAUCUGGCUGCAUAUCCACUACACGACGGUGAUGUAGAUGGAGAAAAUGCACAACCAAAUGACAGGAAGCUGCUGUAUGAGGAGUGGGCGAGUUACAGUGUUUUUUAUAAAUACCAACCCAUUGGCCUGAUCAGGAAGUACUUUGGGGAGAAGAUCGGUCUGUACUUUGCCUGGCUGGGAGUUUACACUCAGAUGCUGAUUCCUGCCUCUCUGGUGGGAGUGUUUGUGUUUCUGUAUGGCUGCGUUACCGUUGAUGACGACAUCCCCAGUAUGGAGAUCUGUGAUGGCAGAAGAAACAUCACCAUGUGUCCUCUAUGUGAUGGAGUUUGUGGUUUCUGGAAUCUGAGCACAGCAUGUGGAACAGCGAGAGCCAGUCAUCUAUUUGACAAUCCAGCCACCGUCUUCUUCUCCAUCUUCAUGGCCCUGUGGGCGGCGUUCUUCAUGGAGCAUUGGAAGCGGCGGCAGAUGCGUUUGAACUAUGAAUGGGACCUGACAGGAUUUGAGGAGGAGGAGGAUCACCCGAGAGCCGAGUAUGAGUUCAGAGUUAUGCAGAAAUCCCUCAAGAAAGAACAGAAAAAGUCCAAAAAGACAGAGAAAGAAAAGUUGACAUGUAAAGACAGAUGUCCUGCUUAUAUGACAAAUUUAGUGAUGAUGCUUUUAAUGAUUGGUGUGACGUUUGCUAUCGUCUUUGGCGUGAUUUUAUACCGAAUUUCCACCACAUGGGCGCUGCACAUGAGCUCAAACCCGACAACACGCUCCAACGUUCGUCUCACUGUCAAAGCCACAGCAGCCAUCAUCAACCUGGUGGUCAUCCUCAUCCUAGACGAGGUGUACGGUGCUGUAGCGCGCUGGUUAACUACACUCGAGGUGCCAAAAACGGACAAAAGUUUUGAGGAACGACUGAUCUUUAAAACGUUCAUUCUAAAGUUUUUUAAUGCAUUUACUCCAAUUAUAUACAUCGCUUUCUUCAGAGGGAGGCUUGUUGGUCAUCCCGGCAGCUACAUUUACGUCUUUCAGUCCUACCGCAUGGAGGAGUGUGCGCAUGGUGGUUGUCUGAUGGAACUCUGCAUUCAGCUCAGUAUCACCAUGUUGGGAAAACAACUAAUUCAGAACAACCUGUUUGAGAUCGGCAUUCCUAAACUGAAGAAGCUGAUUCGCUACAUUAAGUCAAAACGCAGUGCGUUUCAGGAGGAGGAGCGAGAAAAAACACUGCAGCGCUACGAGACUGACUUUUUCCUUGAACCAUUUUCAGGCCUCACACCAGAGUACAUGGAGAUGAUUAUCCAGUUUGGUUUUGUGACACUGUUUGUGGCAUCGUUUCCCUUGGCGCCACUUUUUGCUCUGCUCAACAACAUCAUUGAAAUCCGUCUUGAUGCUAAAAAGUUUGUAGCGGAGCUCCGGAGGCCCGUGGCAGCACGAGCAAAAGACAUCGGUAUCUGGUACAACAUUCUCAGAGGUGUGGCAAAAAUCGCAGUUAUUAUCAAUGCCUUUGUCAUCUCCUUCACCUCUGACUUCAUCCCCCGGCUUGUGUAUCAGUACAUGUACAGUGCUGACGGCUCCAUGCACGGCUUCGUUAAUCACACGCUCUCACACUUCAAUGUCAGUCACUUCCAGAAUGGCACAGGGCCUGUCAACUCGCUCUAUGCUGGCUUUCAGGGGGAAAUCUGCAGGUAUAAAGACUACAGAGAACCUCCAUGGUCGUCGACUCCAUAUCAGGUCUCUAAAGAGUUUUGGGCUGUUUUAGCUGCCAGACUUGCCUUCGUCAUCGUCUUUCAGAACGUGGUGAUGCUGAUGAGCGACGUUGUGGACUGGAUCAUCCCAGACAUCCCUAAAGACAUCAGCAUUCAGAUCCACAAGGAGAAGAUCCUGAUGGUGGAUCUGUUCAUGAAGGAGGAGAAGGGGAAGAACUUGACCAUUGGAGAUGACAAAGCAAAAGAAAACAACUUGAAACACAGUCCUGUCCUCCACCCAAGACCGCUCACACACACUCAGAGCAACUGCUACUAACGUCUGUGUGUGUCUGUGUGUGCAUGUGUGUGCGCGUGCAGGGGUGAGUUUGUGUGUGUGUGUGUGUGCGCGUCUUUCUCAUGACAUUCCACAGAUUACUCUUUUGUCUUUGGAGGAUUUUGUUAUUUAUAAAUUACAUUAAUGAAAUUAAUAACCAUCCAAUCACAUUUUAUCACAAUCACCAUGUGAUUUUCCCUUUAAUUAGUGACAUGAAUUGAUAAUUGGUAGUUGGUAAUUAUUUUGCUACAAGACAGAGCAACACAUGUUCAUUUUUGUUUUUAAAGCGUACUUGUCCACUUCAGCUUGGUUGAAGCCCCUUGUCGGCCAUCUAAAGAGUCAUUAAGCAUUCUUGAUGAGGGAUCAGGGCAACAUCAAUGUAGAGUUUAGGAGCUGUACUACAGAAACAUCCUUAUAUUUCAGUUAUUCAUCUUCAGUAACUGCUUUAUCUUGAACAGGGAUGUGGUUGGUGAGAAAUGUGAGAAAACAUCCUUAAGUCUUAAAUUAAAAGUUGACAAGUAAAAAAGGAAAUUGACAUUACAGAAGGAAAUCAUGUUCUAGUAUAAGAAUUAGAACCACUUAUUUCUCUUGAGGCUUACCAAGCAACUGCUGAGGUUCACAUAAACAAUGUAAACACAUUAAAGAUACAGUUUCAAAAAAACUUGCUUUUGUGAUGCAGAUCUGGCAACCCUAACCAUAGCGCAUACAUCACAAUCAUGUUUCUCACUUUUCACAUGAAACAGAUUUAACAAAAUAAACUUUUGAUAAUUGUUUAAAAGUUACAGCUGCCAAAGCUGACAUUUAUAAUAUAAAUAGAAUAUCAAUUUAAUUAACACUUUUAUAUCAAGAUGUUUAUUCUGUAGACAAGUGUUUUCAUUACAGUAAAACUAAUAAAAAAAUAUAUUAAUCCUCUUUUCAGUGUUCAGUGUUCGACUGACAAACUUCUGAAUAGAGUGAAGUUGCAUUUACUAAACGAAAUGUUAUUCUGUAAUAGCUAAAGUUCAAAGGUUGUCAUGGUUACUAAAGAGAUAAGAUUUCAGAGUUGUUUCCAGAUGUUCCUGUCAUACAGCUCACAAAGUACAAAUUUAUCCUCCAAAAAAGGAGUGAACAUAUUUAAAGUUGGGGUCAGAUUUGGGGUUUAUUUCACAUGAUGCCACUGUACUCAGCUAGUGAGUUAACCAUGUUAGCAGAAGUCGGCAAGGGUGAGUUAAAAACGCGAUUAAAGAACAGAGUUGGGUUGUGUGGAAGAGAGAUACUCCUGGACUGAAAUACACUUUUCAGACAAUUUUUAAGAAAAUAUAGUUAAAAAUCUAAAUAUUCCAAAGAUUUAUGUUGAUUUAUAAAAUCCAAAUCUCAACAGGUCAAAUUAAAUCUUGUAUAAAUAACAAAGUCCUCACUCCAGAUUGAACUAAAGCCAGACUGCGAGUCCAUCAACACUGUGGACCAUGAAACAACUCAUUUCUCUGUUUAUUUCUACAUAAUCAGAGAUUUUUAAUAUUUAAUCACACAGCUGUUCACAUCUGCUUUACAAAUGUUUUGGAGUUUUUAAAUGUUGACCUUUUUUUGAGACUUUAAUGGAGCUUCUGCUUGUUUUCAGCUUUUAAUUGAAUCCUUUUCUCAAAAGAUCGUUUUUUUUUACUAAGCUGAAUGGACAAACACAGAAACACAAGUAAAAGUGAGGUGUGUUAAAUAUUUAGCUAAUAUAAUGAUCCAGAGGUGUAAUAAGUACCAAUUGUAUGAGUUUCAAACCAGAAAUAUUCAGCCAAGAAUAAAUGUCCACAAUGUCCCUUUAUCCCAAUAAUAGAGACAUGAUUAUUUUUUAAAACUUGCUUUUUAAACUUCUACAGUAGAACCACAAUGUAUGAGCACUGUGUAAAUGUUCAUGCUUAAAUCACAUAUUUCAUAUAAACAAUAAUUUUGUAUUACAAAUUAAAUACGCACUUAUAUAUUCUUCUAGAUCACUUCUAAAGGACAAAUCCACCAGUGUGAAUUUUGGCAGCUACUGUGAAUUUUUUUUAGAUCUAAAACAUUUUAUUACAAUAUGACUAUUCAAAAAGGUUGCUAGUUUUAGGUAUGGAGUGUGACAGCAUGUUUCUGCAACCACAAACUUCACUUUUAGCAUGCAUACUUAGAGGUGAAAUGUGUGUAGCCAUAUCUAAAUUAAGUCUGUCCUGUAAUCGCCUUUGACUGCACAAAGAUCAGGUGGACAAGUCUCACCGUUGUCCAAAUGAUUGUUUCUGACAUGUUUGCCUUGUUUGUGUUUGUGUAGAAAGAAUUAAUCAUUAUUUAUGUAUAUUUUUGUUGCUGGAAAGGUCAGUAACAAAUGUUUUUUAUUUUAAAAUUCAUCAACAAAAUUAACACUGAAGUCCACCUUUAGACUUUAGGCCACACCCUUACCUGAGACUGAUGCUGGUAAAGGGACAGUGUGGAUCUUUUAUUUUUGCCUAAACUUUUAAUUCAACAGUAAUCAUUUAUUUAUAAUUUUAUCUAUACAUUUCUUGCAUCAAAAACAUUUCAGCAGCUAAGACAAUCCUGAAAUGUUCACAUCUGUCCAGUGCAGUAAAAUCACACUCUUACACACUUUGACUUGUUAAAAUGAGGUUUUCAUCCACUUCAGCAAACUGCCUCAGGAGCUCCAAGGAUCAAUGAGGAGUUAUGAUAAAGUUUCUUUUUUCUUUUCCUUCUUUUUUAAAAGGAGAUUUAUGUUUACAUUUAUGUGUCUAUACUGGAUCUGAAAUAAUAAUAACAUUUUUUCCUCUGAUUGCCUUAUCAGAAAAACUCAGUGUACGUUAGGGCUCUUUUCUAGUACAGUACAUUUCAUAAGAUCAUAUUGCAAUAUAAUGAGAAUCUUGUAAUUAUAGAAUUCUAUAAUAGACAUGCAUUAGAGACAUUUUUAACAAAAUUACAAAUAAAGCCUAAAAUUAA